AUGACUGGAAAGAAGAAACAGAAUUCAAAGCCAAAGACAUUCGAAGUGACUGAGGCUGUCGACUUUGGCAAUGGUGAACAAACUGCUCCAGUGGCUGCUGCAGCUCCAUCCAAGGGUACUGCCACAUCAAAGAAGUCUACUACCCCUGCUACCAAUACUACAACUACUACUACCUCUGCACCAGUUGUCGCCACUCCAGUCCCAACACCUGCACCAGUAUCCACAAUCACAGCCAAACAAACAUCCUCGACACCUUCCGCCUCAACAACAUCUACAACUACAACAAGCGCUACGAAGCCAGUCACCACUACACCAACCGCCAAAUCAAACAAGAAGACAGAGACAGAGACAAAGAGUGUACCAGAUACAUCAUCAUCAAAGAAUGAGUCAGGCGACCACGACAAGAAGAAGAAUGCUGCCGCUUCACAAAAGGCCGCCUUCACUGUGCAGCCCACCAAGAGAUUCUCUGGCGAUUCAUUCAUCUCAGUUCUGGGUGUCGAUGAGGACACAUCAGCCCAGCGCGAGGCAACCGUCGCCGGUGUCGACGACAAGGACAAGCCCAAGGCCAACCAGCAGGCCUUGCAAAAGAAGAGACAGGUUCUCACUGCCAAGCAGCUUGCAGAGAUCAAGCUUGCCAAGCAGCGCGAGGAGGAGAAACUGCUCGAGUCAUCAGUCAACACGUCGUCCGAACUCAAGAGAUUCAUCAGCAAAUCAUCAGAUUCUAGCUCAUCUGUGUUCCAGCUGCUGACAUCACCAGCCGCCUCAUCCGUCCUCAUGAUCAUUUCACUCUGUCUCUUGGUACUCCUUGGUUACAUCAGCUUCACCACACAGGCCUCUGAAAUGAACUCGACCUACACCUUUGGCGUUGGUCUGAUCGCCAUUGUUAUGGUGGCCUCUGCCGUUCUUGCAGCAAUUGGCGGAAGCAAGUCCAACUCCAGUGGAAACAAGGCAAGUGUAUCAAAGAGGAAGUUCAUCCCAAUGAGGACCAAGUAA